AUGAAGCUACGACCCCAACAGGUCCAACAAGCUCAACAGGAAGAGAACAGGUCCAAGGGUAACCCGGAGGGAGAAAGGGACAGCCACAGGAGGAGUACCUAUCAGAGGCCAACCACUCCAGACGAGCAGAAUUCAGGCCUCCUUCGCGAGAUGAGAAAGGAGAUGGACGAAUUGAGGAACGCCAUUAAGGAAAGGAUGGAUCGGAGCGUGGAUAGGAUGGUAAGGGCCACGGAUUCACCUUUCACCACGGCAGUGCUUGAAUGCCCUGUACCAUCAAAGUUUCGUUUACCUCAACUUGAGCCGUUCGACGGACUCAGAGACCCUCAAGAUCAUCUCAAUACCUUCAAGACGACUCUAGGUCUUCAACAACCACCUGACGAGAUACUAUGUCGUUCCUUUCCCACCACUCUCAAAGGAGCUGCAAGAGAAUGGUUCACGAAGUUACCGACCUCGUCCAUAGACAACUUUGAGCAAUUGAGCAAUGCCUUCUUGCGCCAUUUCAUUGGGGGGCAACGUCCAAAAAGGUCAACAGACUACUUACUCACCAUUAGAAAGGGAGAGAAGGAAACUCUAAGGUCAUAUGUCAAACGUUUCACUCGGGAGACUCUGGAGGUGGACGAAGCCGAUGACAAGGUGCAGCUGACGAACUUUAAAGCGGGACUAUGGUCCAGAGAUCUCGUGGCCUCCCUUGCAAAGAAUCUACCGAAGACGAUGGCGGAAAUGCUCCUGAAGGCACAGAAGUACAUGAACGCUGAAGAUGCUUUAGCGGCCAUAAAAGAUGCAGAGAAGCCAGGAGACAAGGCAAAGAGAGAAGACGAUCGUAGGGGGCAAAAGAGAGAUCGACCGGACCGUCGGAACAAUGACGGAAAUAGAAGGAAAGAUGACAAAAGUCCUGGACGGUAA